AUGCCCCUCUCGGAGUCCAGGGUGGAAGAGAAUAAAUACAGAGGUACCUGUCUAGUGUACCAGCAGUUCAUCCAGUACAAGACUUCACGGAUGGAAGUCCUCACGCUGGAAGCCCCCGUUCGAGGCAAAGCGCAGAAACCGAAUCCUGAGCUGCUGAAUGGCUCGAGUGCUUAUGUGUUCGCCAUCAUGUCACUCCGAAUCCAAACCGUAUUCGCUCUGCUGCAGCAAGAAAUGGCGGCACUAGGUGCGGACAUCAAUUGCGUCAAUGGAGCGAGACCGCUUGAAAAGAAAAUUGUCAAGGAUGUAAUUAAUGCUCUCAAAGAAUUGGAUGACCAAGAUUACGUGGAGAUCGAAGGGUCAGACGAGUUGUACGAAUCGGACUAUCAAGAUGAAGACUACCUGCCGCUGGUCGACGAUUUGGAGAGCGAGGUCGGUCGGGAGCGGGAGUCUUUCUCUUACGAGUACAUCUGCGAAGUUCUCGACUUCAUCGAUGCUCAUCCGAAUUGGUCUUUCAAAAGCAUGGAAAACCGUUUCAAAAGAGUUCUCAACUACUCGUAUAUCACCAGGUUCAGGGAAUAUCGAGAACACAUGGGAACCUGUCGAGAUCGAUACUUAAAAAUAUCGGAGUACUGCAAAAACAUGUUCGAUAGAUUCUUGGAUUCUUCGAUGGAAAAAGGAUAUAGAGUCUCAUCUCGUAAAAUCGUCAAAUUCGUCACUUAUAAGAAUGUGCGAGAACGAGAGGAAAUCGAAAAUGAUGUCAUCGAGUUGUUACUUGAGCACCAUGAUCAGGUUCAUGGCAAGUACGAUCCUGGGGAUGUGUAUAACACCGAUCAAUCUGGUUUCCAAUACAUGGUCCACACCAACCGGACACUUUCUCAUACUGGAGAGCGUACCACAUUGUGUGUCGUCGACGCUCUUGCACCUCGGACGCAUAGUUACACAAUCCAGCCCCUCUUGAACAUGGAUGGCCGAUUGGUCGGCGAGCUCGCCGUGAAUUUGCAAGAAACGGGUGAUGACUUCGGUCCACGCGUGCUCCAAACCAUACAAGACUUCCCCAACUUGUACAUAACGUGUACGAAAUCCGGGAAGUUGACCAAAAAUCUAAUCCGGGCGUGGACCGAAAAUGUGUUCAAGGACGUCAUCAGUCGAUCACAUGACGACAAAUGUGUCCUCUACGUUGAUUCAAUGUGGAAGGAUUUUGCCAAAAGAAUUACAGAGCAGUGCAUGGAUCACCAAUUCAAAGUUCAUCAGCGGAGGGACGUCCUUCGAAUGCACUCACUCAUCUAUAAUCAAUUCCAACAUCCCGCGUUUCGGCCUCUUUGGCUAUGCGCGUGGCGCCUUGGAGGUUUUGAGGUACCACAGAUACCCUUUCCGAGUCUAGCCGAAAUGUUGUUUUCGGUUAACGCGGCUUGCGCGACAUUGAACUGUAAGCUCAUGCCUUUCAUACGCUGCAUAUACUGCUCCAAAAUUCUCUGUAUCAACUGUUUUUACAUGAUGUAUCAUGUCUAUUUGAAUCUGGCAGCUUUCAAUUAUGUUCCCAACUACAACUACGAUCUCCAUCCAAAAGUUCUCAAUGGAAGGAUGGAUCAAUCGCGUCAGUUCUGCCGUGCUUUAAAGUUCAAAAACGAGACGGCUGGCAUGUGCUGUGCCAAAGGUCAAGUCAAACUUCCCGACCUUCGUUCGCAACCCCAGGCACUCCGGGCCCUGGUAGCCGGGGAAACAAGCGAAUCGAAGCAUUUUCUGAAAAACAUGCAAAUACCCUUGGGAAAGGAUGGGUACCACUCCGACAUCAAGAUGAGAGUCCCGAGAACCGAUACAGAAACGAAUAAGAAGCAAUUCAUUGUCGAUAUGUACGGGAAAAUCGAGAGCGAACGACUGCUCUAUAUCCGCCUAAAUCAAAUGGAACUGCGUUCGGGAGAAUACAUUCUUCUACGCGACGCGGUGAAAACUGAUGCCAACGUCGAUGCCAACAGUCUUGGAAAGCAGAUUGUGCCGUAUCCACCAUUCCUCUCAAAAACCUUCAAAGCGCACAUCAAGGUCGAGUACUGCAAUUCCGUCAAGUCCAUCAGGUACAUUUGCAAGUACGUGAUCAAGGGGAGCGAUAUGGCAGUUCCUCGCUAUCGAGACGACGCUCAUUGGGAUACCACAUCGUCUGACGCGUCGGAUACGUGUCGACCAUGUCAAAUUCGGAAGGUCUUCGCCAACAUAUUGACGAUCUGCGUCCCAUCCGAUCCCAAGGGUCUUUGGGAAAAACACAAGGAUUCUGUGGCCGAAGAUAUCCUGAACCGUGUUCGCCGUUCGCGCCAGAACCCUGAGCUAGCUUUCGUUCCUGAGAUCUACAAGGGAGCAUUGGUUUCGAUUGAGGAUCCUUGUUUUGCUAUCGCCAACAAAUCACUGGUUCAGCUGGGUAUGGAUGCCCCGGAUCCAAGUGCGCUGGAUACUCAGGAUCGCGAUUUAGUUCGAGAAAGCGAUUUUGAUGUGGGAGCUUCGGCUGAAUGUGUCGAAACCAAUGUUCCACUUCUGCUACCAGAACAACUGACCGCUUACGGAACUAUCAUGAGUGCAAUCGCGAAUCGUACCGGUGGACUUUUUUUCCUCGACGCACCUGGCGGCACCGGCAAGACUUCUAGAUGGUGGUCGAACGGCCCUCUCCGCACUACAGCUGCCAUCGAAGGUGCAAACGAUCGAGAUGCCUACAUGCAAUCUUGCCAAAAAUUCCGAGUCGAUAUGAGUGUCAUGGCUGUCAAGGAAGUGCUCUCGGCGAAGGGGAAACCCCAAUUCUUCGUGGAAAACUACCUUUAUGAAGUUGAGAAGACGGUUGGUGGCAGGACAUCUUACUGCAGAUGCAUCAAGCAAAGGAGGGACGGCUGUCCAGCAAGAAUAACUAUAUUGAGAUGGCCAGAACCGAUGGUCCAAAGGCAGACUGGCGAGCAUACUCAUGCACCCGACACCGGCGAAUUCAUCAGGAGGCAGGCAUCCGCUCAAAUGAAGGAUGCCGUUCUCGAAAAACAGGAUAAAGGUGUUAAACGAGUUCAUUCUGAGGUUCUUGCCGAGGAAGUGCGAAAUUCGCGUGGUCUCUACGAAGAUGAAGAGAUAGGAGCAGCACUGCCAACAUUCGACUCUGUGCGAGCCUCUUUGUAUCGGGCUCGCGCAAAGCUCACACCGGCUUUACCUCAGAGUCGAACGGACAUUGUCGUUGAGGGCUUGUACGGGAAAACUUUGAGCGACGAAGAUUUCCUCUUGUUCGACGACGGCCUCGAGGACAAAAUCCUGGCGUUCGGCACCGACGAAAUGUUUAGUAUCUUGUGCGAAUCGCCACUGUUUCAUGGACGGAACGUUCAAGUAGUUCCCCACCUCUUCUUACAGUUGUACACCAUUCAUUCUUUCCACAAGGGUCAGAUGUUUCCGCUCGUAUUCUUCCUUCUCCCAGACAAGACCAAGGAGACUUAUCGUAGGAUGUUUAGUCUGUUGAAGAAUCAUGCCGAUGCGAAGGGCAUGGUGUUUGCCCCUCGCACAUUCCAGCUAGACUAUGAAGUGGCAACCCUGAGAGCCAUACAACUCGAAUUCCCGCUGUCGGAGAUCAAAGGCUGUAAUUUUCAUUUUAGUCAGAGUCUCUGGAGAAAAGUUCAGCAUCUUGGUCUCGUCUCUCACUACAACGAUCCGUCGGUCAAGAAACUCAUCCGGUCCUGUUUUGCCCUCAGCUUGGUACCGUUGGACAGAAUUGACGACGCUUGGCUAGGAAUCGACGCAGAGUCUCCGGCCGCGGAUCAUCCAGCGUAUGAACGAGUAGGAGUUUUCAAGGAGUCGACAAAGCUGAAUAUCGGUGUCUUAAAUAUCAAUGGCACGAGAUACAACAAGGCGAAAUGGGCGGCGCUUGAGAGAGACGUACUGAUAGAUAAGAAAAUUAAUGUUAUGCUCCUAUCAGAGACACGACUCAUGAACGACGAACAAUGUCCACAUAUUGAAGGAUACCAAUUUAAUAGCAGCAACCGGAGAGAGUUCGGCGGCAAAUACCCGCACGGUGGAAUUGGAAUCCUGACCUCUACACAUCUGGAGAUAAUCUGGACCGAGAAGGGAGAUGACUGGAUAGCUCAAGCGUUUACAGUGGGCAAACAAAGUUGGAUAACCAUAUCCUUCUACAUAGCACAUGCACUUAGAGACACGAACAAAAUGACGUACGACUCUAUAAAAAAUUUUAUUCAUGACAGAUGCAGCGAUAUGGACUGCAUAAUCAUGGGAGGCGAUGCGAACGCACACAUGGAAGAACUCGACGGAGAAAGCAACGUGAUCGAGGUCAGCGGAAGCCAUAGUGACCCUCCGGAUGCCGCCAGCAUUGACGUAAUCGUCCGCCGGAACGCCCUGAAGCGACGAGCCAAAGAAACACAGGAGACUCCCGCGCAGCUCAUCAACCAUGUGCAAGCCGGAGCAACUGCCGCUGUCCAAGUCGAAUUCCCCAACAACCACGAAGUUAAGGUCGUGAACAGGGUACGUAAAGCCUGCAGCAGCGCGCCCGUCGCUCUGAGCAGCCGGAGUACGAUCAUCAUUCUCGAAAAUUACACGAGGUACGAGCCCGUCCCCAGUCAGACAGAAAGGUACCUCAUCGGUGACUCGGGUUAUGGGGAUGAUGACCGGAUUUUGGUCUCCGGUCGCGAGUCGACAGUUCGACAGAGUCAGGCCACCUACAGCCGAAUUCUGGAUCUUCUUCUCCGAGCCUGGCCCCAAUUCAGCCCCCGCCGCGUGGCGCUCGACUUCGAGGUCGGCCUCCUCAACGAUUUCCGACUGGCAUUCCCGGAGGCCAGGAUCGACAGGUGCCUCUUCCACCUCGUCAAGAACAUGGAGCUGUUCGUCCGCUGGUACGUUCGACCGCACAACAACAACACAACAACAACCGUGUCCCACGUGAACGCCAGGAACGCUCCUGGAGGCGAGAUCGCGCGAAGUCGCACUCUCGACGGGGAAACGCGGACAAACAACUUUGCCGAGGCAGCUCACAGGCGACUCCAGGGCGAGUUCGGAGUGGAUCAUCCAAGCCUGUGGAGGUUCAUCGACGGCAUCCGAAAAGUUCAGCGUAGCAGGGAUGUGGCCUACGAACGUUCAGUGGCGGGUCACGAACCCGAGAAGAAAAAAAGAUCUUUCAUCCCUAGCAAAUAG